AAAUCACCAGAGCAGAGCUGAGAGAGGGAUCUUAGAGAAGGUUAACACAGGACGGGACUGAAAUUACUAGGCAAAGACACAGGCAAAAAAAAAAAAGCGCUCUCUGGUACAGAGUCUCAAGGAUCAACCUGACAAAGCAAUUUGAAGAAACUCAUUCGCUCAAGCAAAAACUAUAGGAACUCAGGAUGAGACUAUGAGACCCUGGAAACUGCGGAGGGAUCUAUAGGCUGAGAGGAGAUUUACUGGGUGUCCAAGCUCAAUAAGGAGCCAUCUCCCGGGGAGCGCACAAGGCAGGUUCCUAGACGGUUCAGGUGCUGAACUAGUGACUGGCUGGACUGAAGAGAUUUCCCCCCAGAUAGUUUGGGGUCACGAGAGGCUCCCUAGACUUUUCCCCAGGCCGGGACCCAGAGUCUGGGCGGGAUCAGCGCUAUGGCCACGGGAGGGGAGAGCAGCGGCGGCAGCCCUGGGGAACCAGCCCCCUGGCUCAAGGACACGGUCCGGCCCGCCCUGCUCCUCGCCAGCGCCUUCUUCCUCUGCCUGUGGGCGAGGAGGCGCCUGAGGCCGCAGAGCGGGAGCCCGCCGGGUCCCUUCCCCUGGCCCCUGGUGGGUAACGUCCUGCAGCUGGGCCGCCUGCCCCACCUCACCUUCUGCAAGAUGGCCCAGCGGUACGGCGACGUCUUCCAGCUGCGGCUGGGCCGGCGGGCCGUGGUGGUGCUCAACGGCGAGGCCGUCAUCCGCCAAGCCCUGGUGCGGCAGGGCGGCCAGUUCGCCGGCCGGCCCGAUUUCCCCUCCUUCCGCCUGGUGUCCGGCGGCCGGAGCAUUGCCUUCGGCCGCUACAGCGAGCAGUGGCGAGCCCACCGCCGCCUGGCCCACGCCAGCCUGCGGGCUUUCUCCACCGCCAGCGGCCGCAGCCGGCAGCUCUUCGAGCAGCACGUGGCGGCAGAAGCGCGGGAACUGAUCCGGGGCUUCCUGCGGCGGGGCGCCGGCGGCGCCUACUUCGACCCGUGCCCGCUGUUCACGGUGGCCAACGCCAACGUGAUCUGCGCCCUGUGCUUCGGCCAGCGCUACAGCCACGACGACGGCGAGUUCCGGGCGCUGCUGGGCCGCAACGACAAGUUCGGGCAGACGGUGGGCGCGGGCAGCCUGGUGGACGUGCUGCCCUGGCUCCAGGCCUUCCCCAACCCCGUGCGCCGCGUCUUCCGCGACUUCCAGGCGCUCAACCAGGAGCUGCACGACUUCGUUAGGGUCAAGGUCGCCCAGCACCGGGGCACCUACGACCCGCGGCUCACCCGGGACAUCAGCGACGCCGUCAUCGGCAAGAUCGAGCAGGGCGGCGGCGGGGCGCAGGAGGGGCUCAGCCGGGACUACGUGGAGGGCACCAUGACCGACAUCUUCGGGGCCGGCCAGGACACCACCUCCACCGCCCUGUGCUGGGUCCUGCUGCUGCUGCUCAAGCACCCGCACCUCCAGCGCCAGCUGCAGGCUGACCUGGACCGCGUGGUGGGGCGGGACCGACUGCCCACGGCCGAGGACCGCGGCUGCCUGCCCUACCUGGAAGCCUUCAUCUACGAGACGCUCCGCUUCAGCAGCUUCGUGCCGGUUACCAUCCCGCACGCCACCACCGCCGACGUGGUACUCCAGGGCUUCCGCAUCCCCAAGGACACGGUGGUCUUCGUCAACCAGUGGUCGGUCAAUCACGACCGGCACAAGUGGAAGGACCCCCACCUCUUCAACCCGGCCAGGUUUCUGGACGGAGAGCAGAAGCUGGACAAGGACCUGACCUGCAGCGUCAUGAUCUUCUCCAUCGGCAAGAGAAGGUGCAUCGGCGACCAGCUCUCCAAGCUGCAGAUCUUCCUCUUCACCGCCAUCCUCCUGCACCAGUGCACCUUCGAGGCCAACCCGGCCGAGCGGCUCACCAUGGACUGCAUCCACGGGCUGGCCCUCAAACCUCUGCCCUUCACCGUCUCGGUGAAAAUGAGAGACACCCCUCAGAGCUGCCGGGCUGGGGAUGCCCAGUGAAGAACCACCCUACUCCGAGCCCUCUGGGAGCACCCUGCUUGCUGCGCUGGGCAUGCCAGCUCGCCCUGCCUACACUCAAGAGCAGAUCUCUCCCAAUGGGAACGCUCUCUGUAUAGCUUUAGGUCCGGAGUCUCAGCGAUUUUCGCUUUCUAGAGAUCAGACGUUUCCGAUCUCUGGCUGCACUGGGGAAGUCCUUCAACCUGGCUUCUGUAU